AUGAUGAUGAUGACGUGUCCGGAUAAUUGCUUGUGCUCUUCUUGUCCCACAAAUCAUUUGCUCCAUAAGGAAUCAAUGGGACCCAAAGCUGCAACCUUGGUUAUUUUCUUGCUGGGUUUGACCUUGGUUUCUGAUGCUAGAUCUUUCCUUGACUCCACCCUCUCAGAGGAAGUUCACAAGAAGGAAAACGUAUGCACUAUGUGUGAGGAAUAUGUUACUGAUGCUCUCACCUACCUUGAGAACAACGAAACACAAUCCCAGAUCAUCGAGGAUCUUCAUGAUCGGUGUUCUCAUAUGCGCGGAUUUGAGCAGCAGUGCGGAACUUUGGUGGACUAUUACGUCCCUCUGUUCUUCAAAACAGUGGAGUCGUUUCAGCCUCACUAUUUCUGCAAGAGGCUGAAUCUUUGUCAGCACGUGGCCGCUCUUGUUCAACAAGUCCGUCAAGACAGCUGCGGUGUCUGCCACAAGACUGUUUCAGAGAUUCUCGUCAAACUUCAAGACCCUGACACACAGCUGGAUAUAGUUGAAAUGCUUCUCAAGGCAUGCAAGUCGUUGAAGAACUACGAGAAGAAGUGCAAGAAGUUGGUGUUCGAGUAUGGACCUCUGGUCCUAGUAAAUGCGGAGGAGUAUCUAGUGAAAAACGACAUCUGCACACUCUUACGUGCAUGUCCAGCUAAGGAAAUGGUUAUAAGGCAGCCUGGCUCGUCGGCGGAUUCUUGA